AUGUUCACAGCAGCGCUCCUCACAGGAGCCAAAGUGGGGCGAGCCCUGUCCGGCGGCGGAGGCGUGGAUACAGCGGGGCAGGACUCGGCCGCGAAAAAGAGAGCAGGGUUACAACGCUACAGCCUGGACGAACCGAAACGGUCAGUGAGAACAGCCGGUCGUGAACGCCCACGGCAUGCCGGGGUGCUCCCGAGGCCUCGGACCUGUCGGUUCCAGCCCGUGCUGAGCCACCAGGCCCGAGGAAUGGACGGGUCAGCGGUCCUCAGGGCAGGGAGCCGAGGCUGCGAGGUCCUGCAGGGCGAGGCGGCGGGAGUCCACAGCCCGUGUGGAAGCACCCCACAGCUCACCAGGCGCUGCACGCUGCGCAUAUGGCAAGGCCAGGUCCUGGGGUGA